GAGUACGACCAGCGGCUGUUCGAAGAUGAAACGGUGAACCGUAUGCAGGACGCGCUCACCCAUUUCGACUCCUUUUGCAACUCGCGGUGGUUUGUCAAGAUGUCGAUCGUCCUGUUCCUUAACAAGAUUGAUCGCUUCAAGGAGAAGCUUCCUGUCAGCCCGAUGAAGAACUAG